CCUGACCACAGCAUGUACAACACGAAAUGUCGUCAUGACUCCUUCGUGGCUUCAACAACAGUUUUGGAGUCAAUUGUGUUGAAUGACGGCCUUCUUCCGUAAGCAUCUGUAAAUUUGUUCGAUAUAGCAGUUGCGUCGUUCCAAGUCCAAGGGACCAGUGAAGCCAUGAGUCUAACAAACGGAGCUGCCGAAAGCUCCUGCUGGGUGACACUGGUAACAAAGCCUUCAUACUUGCCGGGAGCUAUCGUACUGGCACACACUCUUGACCAGCACCAGUCGAAGCAUCCGUUCCUGAUACAAUACACUUCUUCGGUGGGCGACGAGGCUGUCAAGGCGCUCGAGGAGGAAAGCCGCAACUAUGGGCGAAUCAAGCUACAGAAAGUCGAACUUCUACUCCCACGAAAAGAUCAAGAGAACACAGGAAGUGUCGCUGAACGAUUCAAAGACACCUUCACUAAGCUCCGGGCAUUCGAGGUUUACAAGCUAGGAUAUACUAGAGCUGUUUUUCUCGACGCCGACAUGGCUGUAUUUCAGAACCCAGACGAGCUCUUUGAGAGCUAUCUUCCAGGCCGGGACUGGCUAGGUGCCAACCAUGCCUGUGUAUGCAACCUGGAUCAUGACUCUUGGGCUCCUCCAGAAUGGCAUAAGGGCAACUGUGCUUACACGCCGCUGACCCACCCUGAUGAUGUUGCGACACCCAUGACCCCUGAUAGUCGCCCAACCUACCACCUCCUCAACAGCGGCAUGUUGUUGUUCUAUCCAAGUGAAGACCUCUGGACCAGGAUGCUGCAUUAUUUCAAUACCACUGACCGACUGAAGACAUAUCAGUUUCCCGAUCAAGACUUCUUGGCGGACUUCUACGGUGAUAAAUGGUAUCCCUUGUCAUGGAAGUACAAUGCUCUCAAGACUAUGAGAUAUUGGCAUCCACGGAUCUGGUCUGACGAUAACUUGGUGGUUCUACACUAUAUCGUGGACAAGCCAUGGGAGAGACAAGUCAGCCCUAAGGGUGUUGCUGGACAUCUGGGACGAGAUGGAGAGACACAUCGCUGGUGGUGGAAUAUCUAUCACAAUUGGAGAAGACAAAGAGAAGAAAGCCACAACAGUCCCCUUGUACUUACAGCCAUGGACACACUCGUGGAUACCAAGGAGCCAUUUACAGAGGCUGUUCCACUGCCACAAGAUGUUGGGAAGCCGGAGGAUGUCCUACCAUAUCCAUGAAACUUGCCCUGUUCUCCUCAAAGCGUGACUGGUUCUAUAUGGACCGGUCUAUGUUUCUUCACAAAAGGAGAGAAGCACAAGCGACGAAGUUGUCCUUAGCCUGGAUCACGGCUGGCCUGGGUGGUGGAUGCUGCCUGUACCGAAAAGAAGACAACCUUGAUCUGGAUCAAUUUGGCCUAUCCUCUACAAUAUGGCACCAUUCACCUAGGCCCCUUCCAGACUCUACUGACAUCUUAUCGCUAUCCAGGUUCUAAUUUUGAGUCUACCUAGUAUUUGUCACUGUCUGCCUCCAUCAGCCUUGUUCCGCCUUGUCGAAUGAUGGACCGGUUCCCCUUCUUAACUGGACCAACUGUCCCAACCACUCACCCUCCUCACCGCCCACCUAAACACUGUCA